GAGGUUGGGAUACAUACUAUCAUACCAUCAUACCAAAACUACCCUGUCUACCCUGCCUACCAACACAACACAGCACAACACAACACAUCACAUCAAACGACCAAACGGUAUAGUCUACUACUCUAGUACUCUACUAAGUAGUUUCGUCACUAGGCCCUAGGUCUCAUCCUUAGUCUAUAAGACGUUGUAUCAAUUUUUGGCACCGAAGAAGAGAACCGAGCGUUUUUUUCUUCUUCCCUUUUUUCUGCUUCCCUUUCCUCUUUUUGGUCGACAAUCUAUUUCCCAAAAUAGUGCUACCGAGGAUCCUGGAUGUAUUUAUUAUCUUGACGUAUCAUCCCCCCACCAAAACAGCUCCACGAACUUUGACGUUACCGAUCACGGUAACGCGACGACGACAAUAACAACGUCAACUAUAAGAUAAACCUUAAGUUCGCAAUUUUAUCUAGACGACCGGCGUAUCCACCAUCGAUCACGCUACUUCUUACGUCAUGUCUCCCAGUUUACGACCUCUUCAACUGCCAUUGCUGGUGGAGGAGAGAAGGAGGAAGGAAGAGGAAGAGGCCGCACAGCGCGAAGCAGAGGUAGAUGUACCAUAUAACUUCUACACGACCGAUUCCUACUCUUCAGAUACGACGUCGCCAGUAACGCCAACCUUCUCGGCCCGUGGUCAUCUGCGCUGCUCCAGUUCCAUGUCAUCUUUUGACUUAACAACUGUAGUAAGCUCUGAUAGCACUUCGUCGCCUACGCAAACAGCACAGAACUCAGGCAAACGCGUCCUACCCGACGUAGAAGAGGAACCAAUCGAAUAUGACGACGACUCGGACUCAGAUUAUGAUGAUGCAUCUGACUCUGAAUUAUACCAAUGCUUAUGUGACGAACCUUGCAUCCAUAGAGAUACUGAUCUAAUGCAAAGCACGUCAAACUUUUAUACGCGUAAGAGUGCCGACUACGACUUAGGUUUCUUCAGCGAUGGCGAUUUUAGCUUCAGUCUACGCUCGAGGAAGCGCAAAGAUGGCUCUGAGUCAUCCUUUGCCGGUUUCUCUCAUCGUAUCGGUUCUCGAUUCCCUUCUCUCAGUAAAUGGAAAUCGUCGAAGCCGUCUAGUAUAAUCAGUUCUCCAGUAUCCGAAUAUGGGUUCGACCAACGGCCGAUAUUAUCAUCUCGCGCACCUUCGAGCCGUUCUUCUUCCGUCUCAGCAGCCCCUAGCAGAAAACGCCAAGACCGUUCGAAUGAUCCCGCAGUACCGCCUACGCCUGCCCUGUCACGUUUUGGAAGCAGUGAUAGCUUUAUGCAGCUGGGUGGAGGGUUCGACAUCAAGAAGGCGAAUGACAUCUUGUCAUCUAUUGAGCGCGACCGCAGAUCAGCGAUAACACCGCUUCUACCACCUAUCAUGGCUUCCUCCACCGAGCAAAUCUUAGCGCAACAAUCUGGAUUGGAAUCGCCUACCAUUGCCUCGCAGUUUUGUCCGAUAGAUGAUGAAAUCUACUCGUCUGGUAUGUUGUCUCCACCGCUUAGUACGAGACCUUCCAGUUCUUCUCUUCGCCACAUGCCAGGUUCGGUGGAGCUUCCUCAAUUACCCGCGCCGGAUGCCUGGUCUGAUCGCUUGGGGCAUGCAAAUUACACCAUUGUUCCGAAGCCGUACAAGCCCGAAACAUCCGACCUGGAUUCUCUUCGCCAAUUUCGCGGCGACUGGGAAAUAGCACGAGUGAACUAUACGAAGCACCUUGCGCGAACUGGGGAACAUUACGGCCAGACUUCUAAGACGUAUGCGCUAACCGAAGCUAAAUGGGCUGAGACCCAGCGCACAUGGCGCAACCUACACGACGAGAUUGCGGAGGCGGUUGUGGCUAGCGGCGAGGCGACCACGUGCGAGAAAUUCGACGAAGGUGUUUUGACUACGGUACCGAAGAUGUACGCCGAGGGAAAAUUCCCCGAACGCGGCGACGAAGACAUUGUCGGUCCCAUGGUGCGAGAAGCCACUAUGAUGUCCAUGGACAGCGUGGACCGAAAGGGGUCCGGUUUUUGGCGUCACUUAGCCGGCAAAGUCGGCCUGAGGAAGUAAACGACACACCUCAGUAUAAUAAUUAUUUUACAUGACGACCAAAUUUCGAUCGCCUGGACAUUUGUUACGACCAUUUAAUGACGAUUUACGACCCCUUUAUGUCG